AUGUCUAGCUACGACAAUGACAACAACAAUUCCGGUUCGUACGGAAGCGGGAACAAUGAUUCCUAUGGCAGCAGUGGACGUAAUAAUGAUGACUCCUAUGGGUCUUCUGGUCGAGGAAAUGAUAGUUACGGCUCCUCUGAUCGUCAGGGAGGUGACAGCUAUGGAUCCGGAAACACCGGUUCCAAUGAGUACGGGUCUUCGACAGACCGCACCGGAGGAUCUGGGUUUGGAAGCAACGACAACACCACCUCAUCUGACAAUUAUGGAUCUUCAGGACGAGGAAACAAUGAUUCUUCUGACACAUAUGGAUCGUCAGGCCGUGAUAACACAUCUGGUGGCUAUGGAGGGUCCUCAAACGAAGAUACCUUAGGGUCAUCGGGACGCAACACAGACAAUUAUGGAAGUGGAAACACUGGAUCUGACUCUUAUGGAUCUGGCAACAAAACCAGUGGUUACGGAGGCUCCAAUGAUGAUAAUCUUGGCUCAUCUGGCCGCAACACAGACUCCUACGGAAGUGGAAACACUGGAUCGGACUCCUACGGUUCAGGAAACAAGACGUCGAGCUCUGACAACUAUGGAUCGUCCAACACCGAUACCUACGGCUCAGGCAACAAGUCCAGCUCAGACAACUACGGAUCCUCGAACACUGACACAUACGGCUCCACCAACACUGGCUCGGACUCAUACGGCUCUGGUAACAAGACCUCUGACACCUACGGCUCAUCCAACACGGAUAACUACGGCAGCUCCAAUAUCGACCACGACUCCAAGUCGAAAGACUCCACCUCUGGCAAAAUCUUGGAGAAGGUUGGUGGUAUGUUGAAGAAUGAGAACUUGCAGGAGAAAGGGGCUGCCAAGCGUGCUGCUGCUGGUAAUGACAAUGACAACAGCUAUGGAAGCGGGAACAACAACAAUGACUACUAG